AUGGCGUGGCAGCUGCUGAGCAUCAAUUGCCGGAUUCAUUCGCACGACCAUCUCCCUCCAACUACGCUUGUUACCGCUUCGGACGAAAUGGUGCUGUCGGGUGCAGGCGCUGCGGCGCGCAUAGUCGUGGUGGGCGUCGGAGGAGCCACGUGCUCCGGCAAGACGACGCUCGCCAAGCAUCUGCUGCACAUCCUCAACCCAUCGUCUGGCACUGGCUCCCGUGGUACAGCGUCUUCAGGAAGCGACCGGGUACGCGGGAUCGUGGACGCCUUCAUACUGCAUCAGGACGACUUUGCGCCGCCCGAAGCGACGUUGCCCGUGAACGAGCAAUUUGGCGUGACCGACUGGGAUCACCCACCCACAGCGAUCGACUACGAGAGGAUGCGCACGACGAUCGAGCAUAUCAAGGCCACCGGCUCGUUUCCACCAGAGUUUUCGUCGCACGACCAUCUCAACGCACAGCCGGACUGUCCGAUCUCGGAGCAGGUCUUGACCACGUGGCGGGACAAGUUCGGCUCGCUCUCUACCGACCACGGCGUGCGCAUCAUGCUGGUAGACGGCUUUCUUCUCUACUACGAUGCGGCGGUCCGAUCAACGAUGGACGUCAAGAUCUUCCUGCGCACGCCGCGCGCGGUGCUCAAGAAGCGACGCGACGAGCGCUUUGGCUACGCUACCGCCGAAGGAACCGUGUGGAAGGACCCCGAGGGCUACUUUGACAAUAUCGUCUGGCCCGCCUACGAGCUCGCCCAUCGCGGCGUCUUUGAGGGUCACGACGUGGAGAACGGCGGACCGAUCGUACCCGCACCCGACGCCGAGCCGGUUGCCGGUGGACCGAUCGAAGGUCUCUGCGUUCUCGACGUCGCUCCGGCGCAACAGACGGACAGUGCAGCAUCGACGUUCUCAAGAGAGAUGACGCAGCUGGUGGACGAGACGUGUGCGGCGAUAUGGAACCACCUCACCGGGUCGCCGCCAUGA